AUGGCACUCGCCACGUUAAUAAGGCGACACAUACCUGUUUGUCCAGUACCGAAGAAAGACUCGGAAGCCCAAAGAAGCAAUCCGCACGAACACCUCGAACACCAUAAAAGUCACUAUGGCAAAUUCCAAUACCCAGAACACCUGUUGGGUAUAGAACAGGAGCG